AGAGAGAGAGUAUAUAUACAUCCCGAGGAGGCUGGUGCUCACAGGCACAGCUGGACUACUGGAUAACUGGACUGUAGCCCGCUGGAUAUUUCAUUUGCAAGAAAAGCCCAGAUCCAAGUGGAAUGCCAGAGGUAGAGAUGAGCCCUUUGGGGGAUGUGGUCUUGUUCAGGACUUGCGUAUGUGGUCUCCAUUAAAGCUCUGUAGCUCCACACUAUCACACUGAGAGGGUAGACCAGUGUUGGAUCGAGCUCUGUGUGGGACUCGCCUUUUUUUUUUUUCUCCUAUAUUUCACUUUUUUAUGUUAAAAGAAGACAAUUUUUCAUUUUGUUGCUUUGACAAGGGACCAUAUUUUCAACCACAAACCAAGUUAAUUGCUCUGCUCCAGCAAAGUGCCCUGCCUGUGGGAAUCAAAUUAGAUUAGCUUGUGUAAAACACGUAACGCAAAGAUGAACAGUGUGGCAGACUGGCUGGUGCAGAACAGGGACAAGGUCGAGAAAGGUGUGGAGAUCAUGGGGCAAGCCUCUGAGGUGCUCGCUGCCACCGUGGGCCAGCUUCACCCCAUCUUGGAGGCCGUGUUCGUUGCCUCGUCCGAGUUACUCAGCAACCCGGACGGCAAAGAGGCUCGCUACAUGACCCAGCAGUUCGAACUGGUCAACCAGCAACUAGAGGGAAUCCAGGAUGAGAUCGAUAAAAUCGCCCUGGAGCUGCAGAAGACGUCGAUGAACAAGCAGAACUUCGAUCGAGAGGCGCAGAUGCUCAGCCAGUACGAAAAGUUCCAGGACUUCGUCAACGCCAAGCCAAAGUUCAAGGAGAAGAAGAUGGAGAAGUUCCUCAGCCACUACGAGAACACCGAUGGCGACCUGAACUUGGACGCCCUCUACAACGCUGUCAUGGGGGAAAACAUCUCAGGAGACCCGAUGCUGGACACAGUCGUCGCCACGGAGCAGAGGAGCAGAAGGGCCGUUGAGGAUUUCUGCGCCCGGCUGAAGAAGCUCUUUGUGGUCGGGAUUAUCGCCGUCAUGGGCCAUGCCGCCCUCAAGGAAGGAGGGGUGGGUGAGGAGAUGGUGAAGAAGUGGCAGGGGCGGAUGGAGGACGUGGAGAAACGGAUGAAAGCGGCCGUGGACGACUGUACAGAGAACUUUGCGGAUCAAGCCAAGCUGGACAUGGAGCACAGUCUUCAGGAGAGCUCCGGCCCCGUCAGCCAAGACUUCGUCAAACCCCUCCUGGACUUACUGACUAAGAAAUACGACUGGGUCAGCUGGUCCAUCAGGGCCUUCAACGACAGGGAGCGCAUUUUCUUUUUCAACUGGCUGGCAGGAAAGAAGUACCACGGAAGCGGUGGAGCCAACUGGUUUGACAUUUUGACCAAGAACAGGAUCAAAGUGGUGGUGUCUUUCUGUGUUAACCCCAAGUCCAUUAACAAGAGUCAGAUCCAGGAGCAGAUCGAGUGCCAGAAGCUGAAGGGCAACAUGAUGGGAGUGGCUCUGGCCUUGAACAAGAGCUUCCCCAACUGCCUGGUCCAUGCUGUCAGCCAUUACAAGGAGGUGGUGGAGAUCAACAACUUCCGAGAGGAUUGCUACUACUACGGGAAGCACAAACGAGCCUACCUGUGUAUCCACCCCGAGUAAACACACACAGUGCAGCUGCAAAUCAAUUCAUGAAUGUCUUUACCAGAGAACUGGAAGUAUUUCCCUUAAAUAUAGAAAUGUAUUCAUACAUGUUUUCUGUGUUGAUGCAUAAUCUGCCACGUCUGGAGAUUCAUUGUCCUUGUAAUGAUUUUUUUUUUUUAUUCUUUUACAUACAUUUCUCCUCUAUCGAUGUUACAGCAGCUUCGGAGCCAUACAUCUCCCUGCCAGCUUUGACUUAUUCUGUGUUACGAAACUUAAAACGAUCGUGUCCUCGUUGGAAAUCACUAGAUUUGGGCGAUCUGAUGAUAUUAGUCUGUUAGCUGUUUAUACCGAGACACCCUUCACCUUUGAGCUCUUUCAACCCCUGAACAUCUCUGGGUGUAUCGGAUCAUUGUGGGCAAUGGUGUAAAUCAAAGCAUUCUGGCGUUAUUAGAUUAUAUUUCUUUUUGCAUCAGUGUGGUGCUGCUGCCCAGAUUAGCCAAACACUUCAUGUUUGAUUAUUGAAAGCUCCAGAACAAGCAAAUAAGUAGAACUUAAGUUGAAGUUCUCAAAUUAUGGGAAUAUUUUGGCAUUUUGAGGGAAAAAAAAAAAAACACUUAUUCAUAUUCUUGCCAGAAGUUAAAUAAAAAGAUUGAUACCA